AUGGCUUUGUUUGCUAUUAUACAUAUGCUACCGCCUACGGCUAAAGGCAAAACUUUUACUUCAAGGCCUUCUCUGGAGCAACUUUUUGAAAGACUUGUUCAAUUUUGCAAGAUUGCUGAACCUUUGGAGGAAAUUACCUCAAAAAAACAAGGGCAUCAGCGGUAUCUUAUUGCCAUAGGAGCCAAUAAGGCAGCAGUUCAUGACUACAAAGUUUCUUUAGAUGGCAAGUUUUUAGAAACUGGCACAUCUUGUGUGCAAUCAGACCAGGAAAAACUCACUGACUUUGGUAAUGAAUCCAUAAAUAGUGCUGGUUUUGACGAUAUUUCAAAUGAUUUUAACCCUGAAAGAGCUGCUGACACUAUAAAUUACCAACUGAACAUUUCUGUAAAAACCAGACCCGUAAACGACAGGGUCACUGAUGAUUUAUCUGAAAAAGAAAAUACUUUUUUAACAACACAUGAGAAUAUAAUGAUUGCAAAUCAAGAAUCUUUGAUCCAGGAUGCUGUUAAAAUAAAGGACAAACAAAGGAAACCAGCAAGCGUAUUCAAUUUUAGUUCUGAUAAAGACAACACAAUUGAAAACACUUCUCCUCAGCAAGGACUCUCCAACGUAAAAAAAAAUUAUACGUCAGUAACUAAAAACAAAUAUGAUUUGGAAAAAAAUCUGGAUAAUACUUCUGAUUCCGGUAGCGAAUUUGAUCCGAAUGAAGAAGAAAGUACUUUUUCAUCAAGCGAUAAUAUUAUGUCAAGUGAUGAUUCAGAGACAAUAGAGAGAAACCAACUGUUAAAACAGGAAAGGGAGAAUUGGAAAGGCAGACCAAAGAAAGGUAGAAAAACUAAGUAUCCGGGCCAAACUUUUAAAAUUAGAAAGCAGUUAAAAAACUCAAAUAAAACGCAUUACACGGUAAAAGGAAAACUUGUAAAAGGAAAAGAAUUUACAGAUUUUAAUUGCAAUUGCUCUUUAAAAUGUACGGAAAGGUUACCAAUUAAUGUGAGACAGAAUUUUUUUGAAAAGUUUUGGGCGCUUGGUUCCUAUGAAACACAAACCACUUUUAUUGCUGCUACUGUUAAACAAGAAGGAGUUAAACGUAAACGAAAUUUAGCAAGUGUAAAGCGGUCAUUUACAAGAACUUAUAAAUUUAAUGAUGCUAUUGUUUGCCGAAAUAUGUUCAUUAAAACAUUACAAAUAUCAACAAAAAGAGUAGACACUGCUUUAAAAAAAUUUUAUUUGGGAAAUAUACAAGAUGGAAGAGGUAAAUUCGGGUGUGUUAAUAAACAGCUGCCAGAAGACACAAAAGCUAAAGUUAUUACCCAUAUUGCUUCUUUUCCUACUUAUGUAUCACACUAUUGCAGAAAUUCAACCGAAUCAAGAUUUUUACCAAUGGAUUUAACUCUAAAUAAAAUGUAUGAACUUUAUAAAGCAGAACCAUCUAAUCCUAAAGUCGCUUUUUCUACUUACAAAAAAAUGUUCUACUUAAACUUUAAUUUAAGAAGAAAGCCGCCUAUUAAAGAUACAUGUAACCAUUGCGACAAAUUUGUAACAAAACUAAAAAAUUCGAAUAAUGAGGUUACAUUAGAAAUAAAGGCUUUACAUGAUCAACAUUUAGACGAAGCAAAACAAGCUAGAGUUAUGUUAAAAAGUGACUUACUUCUUGCGGCUGAAAAUGGUAAAGUAGAAACACUAACGUACGAUAUGGAAAAAGUGUUAGGACUUCCAAAGUUACCUACCAAUAUAAUUUAUUAUAAACGUCAACUUUCCAUAUACAACGAAGGCAUUUAUAAAGGAUCUAAUAAUGAAUCUUACUGUUUUGUUUGGAAAGAGGGUAUAGCUGGUAGAGGAGCUCAAGAAGUUGGUUCUUGCCUAAAAUUUAUGAUUGACAAAUACGUUGCACCAGAAGUUGAACACCUUAUUCUUUGGUCAGACUCAUGUGGCGGUCAGAACCGCAACAUAAAGAUAGUUUUAUUUUUAAAAACCGUUCUGGAGUCUCACCAAUCAUUAAAAAGUAUAUGCUUCAAAUACCUUGUUCCGGGACACAGCUAUUUACCUAAUGACUCCGAUUUCGGUAAAAUAGAAAGAGCACUAAAAAAUCAACUUAGGGUCUACACUCUUCAAGAAUUUAAAAACAUUGUGCUAUCUUGCUCAAAGAAAAGAAAAUUCGUAGUCCAUGAAAUGGAAAAAGAAGAGUUUUUGAGUACAGAAGAUCUUGAAAAACUAAUAACAAACAGAAAAACGGAUACCAAAGGUGAAGAAUCCAUAAGAAGAUGGAAAUCGUUGCGGGAUCGGUUUACGAGAGAACUAAAAAAGGAAAAUCUACCUUCUGGUAGUGGGGCAAAGAACCAUCCAACAUGGGACCUCUUAACAAAUUUAGAUUUCCUACGAGAUCAUGUAGCCCCCCGAAGUACAUCUGGUAACAUGAACCCAGAGGUCGUUUCUGAAAGGCCAGAAACGGAAGAGGAAACGAUGGAGGAGGCAACAGGGCAACUAGAAUUUGAGGAAACUUGUGAAUCCCCUUCCUACAGCUCUAGUGGUUUGUCAACCCCAAGUACGUCGGGUACUCAAAAAAAAAAAAAAAACAAGACUGGAGGAGGUAAACCGAGCAUUUACUGAAGGAGUGGCUUCUUUUCAGGAAUUUGUUAAAUCAAAAAUUACCCCUCCUCCAGUCCAAACAUCUGGCGAGAAAUUUGCUCAAUUAGUGGCUAAUAUGUUUGAUAACCUUACUGAAAGGCACCAAAAACAAGCAAGGGUGGAAAUCAUGAAAUAUUUGGUAUCAUUAGAAGAAGACGAAUUAAAUAAACUGAAUUAAAAUUUAACGUUACUGUACAGUAAACCUUUAUUUUAAAAAAAUAAGAUUGGAUAUACAGG